AUGCCAAAAAGAAAAAGAGCUGUUAACAGUAGACAAAAGCGAGAGAAUGACAAAAAGAGAAAAAGGCAGCAGAGGCAAAAAACUGCACCUGGAGAUGUCCCAGCAGAUCAGACUCUAACAGACUCUUCUGUUCCUUGUCGGACAGAGGAGGAAGCUGUUUCAGCUUCUCCCGGUAAUUUUCCGGGGCUUGGUUUUAUGGGGUUCCCACCUAAAGAGGAAAAACCCCUGGCCAGGGUGCAGGCCUCGCCUCGAGUGAAAAUGCAUUCACCUGCCCCGAGGUUGCCAUCUCCUCGGGGAAGUCUGUUUGUCCGUGAACAGGACAAGGCACCGUCCCCUGACUCCCUAGAAAGGGUUUGUGCUCCACCGAGGGCAUCUGGACCGGACACCGUGCACGUGUCUGGACCAGCAGGUCAGGCGCAGUUGGAAACCUCCAUGUAUGGAGGGACCAGCAGGAAAAUAAAAGAUGAGGGCAACUUGACGGUAAACAAAAAGGAAACUAAAAGGAAAUCAAAUAGAAAUGAGAACGGAAACAAUGAGAAACAUACUUUUUCAGAUAGAUAUAAUGAUGGAAAGACUGAGAAAACUAGUGCAGAUUUGUGGCGGCAGAAAUCAUCUAAAGAAGAUCACACAGACUUGACUCAAAUUCCAAAUGAAUAUGAGAAGCGAUGCCGAAAUCGAAAACGAAUGCAAGAAAUAAGACAAACACCAUCAGGUAAUGCAAAGAAACAGUGUUAUGCAGAGAAAAGAAGACAGUCUUUAAGAAAAAGAUACAAGUCUGAUUUACAAUUUAGGGAAAAGAAACUGAAAGCCGCUUCUAAGAGAUAUUUAUGCGAUGAAGAAUUUCAAGCAAAUGUAAAAAAUAUUAGGAAGCGAAGGUAUCAUACUGAUGUUGAGUACAGCACCAAAACAAAAGAAAGAGGCAAAAUUAAGUACGCAACUGACCCAGAACAUAGACAGAAAGUAAAAGAAAGAAUUGUUGUAAAGUAUGCAACAGACCAAGAUCAUAAAAACGCUUUGAAACAAAGAAGUAUUGAAAAAUAUGAAUUAAAUGCUGAACACAGAGAAACUGUAAAGGCAAGGAGCAAACUGAAGUACAAGUUUGAUGAAGCACACAGGAUACAAGUCAAUGAAGCAAGUACAAAACGAUACAGGGAAAAUAAAACCUACCGGGAUGCAAAACUUAAUGCAGCGGCUGAGAAAUACGAGUCUGAUGUUUCGUUCAGGUCAAAAAGAAAAGCCUCGAGUAAAAAUCAGUAUGAUUCCAGUCCAGCUAAAAAAGCACGAAUCAAGGAGAGAAUAACAAAUCAGAAAUCUGUUAAGCGAGCUAAACUUGAAAACCAGGAUGAGAUAGUGAAAUUAUUUAAAGAGAAAGCUGUGCAGGGCAUAGAUUAUUCAUGUUGCUGCUGUGAUCGACUCUUGUUCAAAAAUCAAGUUCAGAAGUGUGAACAACACAACUAUGCUAAAAAUGAGCAUGCAGCAAAUGUUGCAGACUUGUGCAUUCAAGACAAGUAUUGCCACCAUUGUUCAAAAGCAUGUCCAAAAAAUUGUGUUAAGUCCAACUUAUGGAUUUGUUUUACAUGUCAUAGAAAAAUCUUGAGUGGAAAUAUUCCAGCAGAAGCCGCAGCUAACAAAAUGACACUUGAAGAUAUUCCAAAGGAAUUCCAAGAAUUAAACAGUCUUGAAAAACACUUGAUUGCAAUACACAUUCCAUUCAUGAAAGUUAUGGCACUUCCACACGGUGGUCAGCAAAAUAUUCAUGGACCAGUUGUGUGUGUCCCAUCUGAUCUGAAGAAAGUAACAAGUUUACCAAUGAAAACUGAUGAAGACCUGUUACUUAGAGUAAAACUUAAGAGAAAGCUAAAUUAUAAAGGUUAUAUCGAAUACCAGUUCGUGAACCCCAAGCAUAUAUUUGAGGCAUUAGAAUAUUUGAAACAAAACAAUCAAUGGUAUCAAGAUGUAACAAUAGAUACAAACUGGAAACCAACUGUCGAAAGCUGCCAAAUAACUGAGCAUAAUGAACAAUUACCAAACGAUGAGGAUCAGCAACAGAUAGCGACUGAUACUUGUUUACAACCAGUUGAUAUUGCUCAAGACGUUCUCGACCAUUACUUUGAUGAUAUUUACGAUAUUGCUCCUGGUGAAGGAAAUAAUCCGAUAAGAAUGUUACAGGAACCAGGCAACGAGGCAAAAUCAUUUCCGUACCUCUUUCCUACUGGAAAAUUUUCAUGGAAUGAGAAGAGAGAAACACGAAUUACGUUGUCAAGAUACUUCAACAACCGUCUUAUGAAUACUGAUGACAGAUUCGCAAAAGACAGCAACUAUGUUUUCUUCAGCCAGUUCAUGUCUGAUUUAAAUCAAGUUAUAGAAAAGACACAGAUAUCCAUCAGAAAAUCGGUUAGAAGAAUAGAAGGGGAGCGUAAAAUGACUGCUAAUAUGGUACAAAACCCAGAAAUUUUAUCAAAGAUGAUGAAAAAUGACGAGGCUUUGCGAUUCAUGCAACCCAUACGUGGAACACCAGCAUAUUGGUCAGCCGCACAAAAAGAUCUGUUUGCUAUGCUUCGUCAAUUAGGAAUUCCUACAUGGUUUUGCUCAUUCUCUGCUGCAGAACAUAGAUGGAAUGAUGCAAUUGCAACAAUACUAAGACAGCAAAAUGAUAACAGAGAUCCAAGUAAGAUGGACUGGGCUGAAAAAAAUGAAGUCCUCAGAAGUAAUCCUGUCACAGUUGCUAGAAUGUUUGAACACAGAUUUCAUGUUUUUCAGACGGAAGUUAUAUUUUCACCAUCACAACCGAUUGGAAAAGUUUCAGAUUAUUUCCAGAGAGUCGAAUUUCAGCAAAGAGGAUCACCACACAUGCAUUGUUUAUAUUGGAUAGAAAAUGCACCAAAACUUGAUGAAAACGGAGAGGAGGAAGUAUGCAAUUUUAUUGACAAGUAUGUAAGUUGUGCAAUACCAUCUGACAAUGAAGACUUGGAGCUCAAGAAUAUUAUUUUGUCUGUACAACAACACAGCAAAAAACAUUCGAAGUCAUGUAGAAAAAAGGGCACAGAAUGUAGGUUUAAUUUUCCUAGACCACCAUCUACUUGUACGUUUAUAAACUCUCCAAACGAGCAGGACACACUUGAAGAUGAUGCUGAUGCAAUUCAGUUAAAAGUGGAACAUGCAAAAGCUAAACAAAUCCUAUUACAAGUUUGGAAUGAAGUACAAGAUGAAGAAAAUGGACUGGAAAACACAGAACAGAUUUUCGAAAAAUUGGGCUUGACACAGUCUCAGUACAUAGAAGCACACAAAAGAUUAGCAAAGAAAACAUCAGUAGUUCUAAGAAGAAACCCAUCAGAACUGUGGACCAAUCAAUAUAAUCCGUGUCUUUUGAAAUGCUGGGAUGCUAAUAUGGAUAUUCAGUUUGUUUUGGAUCCAUUCAGUUGUAUUGUCUACAUAAUUUCUUACAUUUCAAAGUCUGAGAGAGAAAUGGGAAUGGUGUUAAAGCAAACGAAAAUAGAGGCAGAAGAGGGUAAUGAGAGUGCCCGUACAACCUUAAAGAAAAUCGGUUCUGCGUAUUUAAAUCAUAGGGAAGUGAGUGCACAGGAAGCUGUGUAUCGUGUAUGUAACCUGAAAAUGAAGGAAUGUUCAAGAAAGGUUGUUUUUGUACCAGUGGGUGAAAAUCCGACAAGACUGACAAAACCGUUGUCCCAAAUCAAAAGAAAACGCACAACAAAAGACGAUGACGAAGAUGAAGAAGAUGAUGAAGACAUUUGGAUGACAAACAUAGUAGAAAGAUACGAAAAUCGGCCAAACGAACCAUUUUUUCAAAAUAUGUGUCUUGCAGAGUUUUGCUCAGAAUUUAGAGUGCUUGCUAAAUCACAGGUUCCCAAGACUCAUAAUGAAAAUGUGUAUGAACUGCAAAACUCAAAGGGAUUCAUUCAAAAGAGAACACGCACACAACCAGCAAUUAUACGAUACCCAAGAUUUGAUGCUGAGAAAAUGUCAGAGAAGUAUUACCAAAGCCUGUUACAACUAUUUUUGCCUUACUGGGGAAUUAAUCAGUUAAAACCACCAGGUUUUGAUCAAUAUGAUACAUUUUACGAAAACGGAUACAUACGAAUCACAGCAAAGCAGAAGUUGAAAUCAGUCAAAUCAAUUGUGGACGAAAACAAAGCAAGGUAUUCUCAAAAUGAAGAUGUAAUCGCACAGGCACAGGAAAACUUUGAAAACAUCGGGGUACCAGAAGAUGCUUGGGCAAAUCUCUGUCCAGAGACAGAAUUAAUGAGACAUGAAUUGUCUGCAGAAAGAAAUGUUGAUCUUGAUUUGAAUGCUACUGAAGAAUUGCCAGAUAUGCAGUCACAAAAGACUAAUAGUGAUGUUCUUUACAAGGUUCAACAAAAUACACAGUCAAAAGAAGAAAUAACAACUGUUCUUCAAAAUUUGAAUGAGACUCAAAUGAAAGUAUUUUAUAUGGUGCGGGAGUGGUGUUUGAAAAAAAGUUUUGGCGAAAAACUUGAACCAAUGCACAUAUUCAUAACUGGUGGAGCAGGAACAGGCAAAAGUCAUCUUAUUAAAGCCAUACAUUAUGAAGCUUCACGUUUACUUGGAAAGCAAUUGACAACUCCCGACAGUGUUUCAGUACUACUUACUGCUUUCACUGGAACAGCCGCAUUUAACAUCGGAGGAAAUACUAUUCACCAUUUAUUUUCGCUGCCGAAACAUAUGCCUUUACCAUAUGAACCAUUGCGAGAACAGAGUCUAAGUGAAAUGAGAGUUCAACUUGCAGAUCUGCAUAUUCUCGUUAUCGAUGAAAUUUCAAUGGUGUAUAAAAGAUUAUUAUACUAUAUCCAUGAAAGACUAGUACAGAUUAAGAAAUGUAAAGAACCAUUUGGAGGAGUGUCGGUAAUUGCCGUGGGAGAUUUCUACCAGCUUCCUCCUGUUAAACAGCGCAAAGAUGAACGUCUCUAUAAAGAAAAUCCACUUUAUCCUUUUGAUUAUUGGGUAGAUCUAUUCAAAGAAGUGGAAUUAACAGAAAUUAUGAGACAACAGGAAGAUAUCCCAUUUGCAGAGGCACUGAAUACACUUCGGACUAGAGAAAUAAAACAAUCACUGGAAGAACAAACCAACUCCAUCCUAAGAGAAUGUAUACGAGAGGGGCCAGACGAUGUCCUUCAUGUUUAUGCAACAAACGAUGAGGUCAAUGCCUAUAAUUUGACAAUGCUUAAGAAGAAAUGUGAAGAAUUUGUUGAAAUUAAUGCUCAAGACUUCACAAAAGAUAAAAGUACGGGAAAACUCAACAUGAGAAGCAAGCCUUUCACAAGGUCUAAAACAGACAGUCUUCCAAGCUCUUUGUUAUUGGGACUUGGUGCAAAAGUUAUGCUCACUAGAAACUGCAAUGUAGGUGAUGGUCUUGUUAAUGGAGUUAUGGGAGUUGUAUCAAAAUUUGUAUAUGGCCAGAGACAUGCAGAAAAAAGUGUUGUUGCAGUAGAAGUACUAUUUCAUAAUAUGAAUGUUGGGAAGAAAACCGGAAAGAGAAGUAGAAAUGGAAAUCUCGUUAUAAUAGAAAGAAUUCAAGAGGAUAUGAAAGAUCAGAAAACAAACAAUGUUGUUCGGCAUCAGUUUCCAUUGCGAUUGUCAUGGGCCUGCACAGCGCACAAAGUACAGGGACUGACAGUUGACAAAGUAGUUGUUAAUUUGGACCGAUCAUUUUCACCUGGACAAGGUUAUGUUGCGUUGAGCAGAGUUACAUCAAAAGAAGGUUUAUUCAUUGACUCAGACAAACCUGAAUUGAUACAGAAAAAGAUAUACGCAGACCCAGAAGUCAAUUCAGCUUUGCAGAACAUGCCGAAAAUAACAUUUCCAAACUCCCAAACAUCAGAGAAUGACUUCAAUGAAGAUGCAACAUCUGCAGGUCCUAUUCAGACUUUUAUGAUUGAUCAAGGUUUUAAGCAGAUUGUUGAUUUCAAAACAACAGAAGGAGCCACUAUUCUAGACCAUGUUUAUUUGUCAAAAUCUUUAAAAGGAAAAGUGGAAAAACUUUCAACCUACUACAGUUACCACGAUGCGUUAAUUUUGACCAUUAUAUCAAGCACGUAG